ACACUAAAAAUUAGAAUAUUCUGUGAAUCUAAACUAAACAAAACAAAACAUGUCACAUGCGCCUCAAACAAAGCCGCCAUGUCAGUCGGAACAUUCCAAAAUCAACGACAAGUGCAUCGCGGAUGUGGUGAUGAAGGGUGGUAGCGGAAUUCUGAUCGGUUCAGUACUGACGCUGUGUUUCACGCGCCCACGAACCUAUCCCAUCUGGAUGGGUCUGGGAUUUGGCCUUGGACUGGCCUACGACUGUUGCCAGGCACGCUGGAACGCCUCCACAACAAAAGAUUAAUGCGAAUGCCAACCGCGACCCAGCUAACUAAUUUAUUGAUUGAUUAAUAAAUGUUUCUGUUUUGCACUCUUGA